CCUUAUACUCUGUCCACUCUAUUCAUCUAUUCAAUCUCUUUGACCAAUCGAGUGAUUGCUUGGAGUGGUUUUGACGCGAGAACCUUUUCUUUGUGAUCAAGUUAUUGUAGUGUCGUUCUUGUUUUGCACAAUGAGUGACGAUGAUCGCGAUAUUGACAUCGAAAGUGAUGAUGGCGACGACUCAGAUUCGAGAUUGAGGCACUCUAAUAACACGCAAUACUAUUCUCAGGCGGAGAAAAGAGCACAUCACAAUGCUUUGGAAAGGAAGCGGAGGGAUCACAUCAAGGACAGCUUUUCGAGUCUCAGGGACGCUGUACCAUCGCUGGCAGCAGAGAAAGUUGCAAGUAGAGCACAAAUCCUAAAGAAAUCAGCAGAAUAUAUCCAAUUCAUGCGGCGUAAGAACACAUCCCAUCAGCAGGAUAUCGAUGAUCUCAAACGGCAGAAUAGUUUUCUCGAAAAUCAAAUUCGUGCGUUAGAAAAAGCCAUCAGCAAUCACUAUGCCAACCAGGAAUGCGAUGUGAAAUCUGAACCAACGGAUAUGGGCAACUACAAUGAUACCGAAUCAGAGUCUUCUGAUAGCGAAACUGGACGAAAAAUUCGGCAACCAAAGAAACUAAAAGUUGCAGGUCUCCAUCAUUAACAACAAUAACUUAUUUAUACUUUCUUCUGUCCCGAAACUUUAUUUUUACAUGACGAUUGACGAUAUUAUCUUUCCUUUGUAAGAAAAUUAUCAUAUAUGUGAGGUAUAAAAAUGAAGUGUUAAGACAGAAGAAAGUGCCAAUCAGAUAUAUAAUUAUAUAAUUAAGUUCUUAAUUAUAUUCGUUAAGAACUAAUAUUUGUAGUAUCAGUGUUUAGCUAUUUUAUACAUAUAAAUAUUUAUUAAGCACAUUACAUUAAUAUAAAUUCGUUAAAUUUUCGUUUGUUUACGCUAUCCAUCGGUUUCACCUUCAGUGCAUCAACAUCAUAUAAAAUACUUGUUUGAAAAUAAUCAGAUGCUCUAUCUUUGUUUAAUUUUAGUUUGUAAUUUUCAAUUUAUUUAACACGUUCACCGCGCCAAUCGUAUUUUAGCUGACUUUACGCCAUUUGGAUUAUUUCACAUCUAAGAAGAGCAAUAAAUAAUUAUUUGUAUAUUUAAUAGAUAAAUAUGAAUUUGUUCAAUAAUCACGCCUUACGUCGAUCAUCGAUGACCAUCACGGCGGUGAAUGUAUUAAUGUAUUAAUGUUCAAUUUGUAAAAUUAUUUCCAAAACUAAUAAAUUGCUAUUAUUUUCAUUA